AUGUCACCUGAGCAAGCGCACGCGGGCGACCGUGCCGCACACCUCGAUGCAACACCCCAAGAUGGAGAUUCCGCACCGGUGUCAAGUCGGUCAUCAGUGUCCUAUUCAAGGACAUAUUCGACGCCAGCGACCGGUGCGCAAACGCCUGAUCCGUUGAUGGGUAAUCACAACGUCAUGGACAAAGCGGCUCUCCAAAACCUCGCGAUCAAAGACCUCGGUAGUGGUCAUGAACCCGAGAGCUAUGCCCUCGACACUCAGAUGAAAAACCGAAAACCAUCAAUCUCGGUUUCCCGACGUCGGGACGAUCCGUCCGGCGAGGAAUCGGCAUCGCCGACCCGCGGCAGGCAGGGCAUUCCGCCCGAGCUCCCGAACUUUACAGCCGAACUCAUCAUGAUCUUUGUCUGCUCAGCCGGCCUGAUGCUUUUCUCAUUCUUACUAGGUGACAUGCUUGCACCUCAAGAACAAAUCAAAGAAGCUCUGGGAAUCACCAGUACCGAACUCCCGUGGGUCGUCGGCGCCUUCAACACCGCCAACGGCCUGUCGGUUAUCAUCUCCGGCUCGCUAACAGACCUAAUGCCUCCGAAGCUCCUAAUGGUCGGAGCCUUCGCCUGGCUCGCCGUCUGGAAUAUAGUUGGGGCUUUCACUCUCCACCCAUCCCGAUACGUCUUGUUCUUCGUGAUGCGCGCCAUGCAGGGUCUCGCCAUCGGCGUCCUCGUCUCCGGCAGCAUGAGUAUCCUCGGCCGCGUCUACACGCCUGGUAUCCGCAAGAAUCGUCCCCGUUCGGGUUCUCUCCUCGGCGCUAUCCAGGGUGGAGCGCUAUACCAGCAUCUCCCGUGGAUCUUCUGGUCCAACGCUAUCAUCUGUGGCCUACUUUGUGUUGCGGCUUGGUACACCAUCCCCUCCCUUCGUCCUAUGGCAGAUGUUGCUGGUACAGAGGCUCCGUCAAUCAAGGAUUUCGACUAUAUUGGUGGCUUCUGUGCUGCUGGCGGUUGUGUUUGUCUUUUGUUUGGACUUACGCAGGGCCCGGUCGCCUCUUGGUCUCCAUAUACCUACAUUCUGAUCAUCAUCAGCUUCAUACUUUUUAUUGGGUUGUUCUUCGCUGAGCGAAAGGCUUUCCGUCCGCUCAUCCCCAACCGCCUUUGGCGCACACCGGGCUUUACUCCGUUGAUGAUUGCAUACUUCCUAGGCUUCGGGUCUUUCUUCGGGUGCUGGCAAUUCUACGCGAUUCAAUUCUGGUUACGAAUCCAGCAUGCUAGUCCGAUUGCCGUGGCGCUAUAUCACAUCCCCAAUGCGUUAGUCGGUGUUUUGGCCACAAUUAUCGUCGCCAAAACUUUACACCUUGUACCCGGGCAUUACAUUUACGCCGUGUCAAUGCUGGCUUUUACCCUUGGAUCCGCAUUCUUCUUGCCACAAACAGCAAAUACGACCUACUGGGCCCUUUCAUUCCCGGGUAUGGUGCUUGUGACGUUCGGUCCCGACUUAGCCUUUGCGGCGGCUUCGAUUUUCAUCACUAGUAAUGUCGAGAGGUCUUACCAGGGAAGCGCAGGCGCUCUCCUGGUGACCAACCAGAAUCUCUCAUCUGCUAUCAUGACUAGUGUUGCAGAUGCUAUCGGUACUCGCGUUGACAGGGGCGCCAAUGGAGAGAUUGGUCUCAAAGGACUGCACGCCAUUUGGUGGUUUGCCCUGGCGGUUCAAUUGGUUGGUGCAUUGGUGACGAUUAUUUGGGUCAGAAUUCCCAAAGAAGAAGAAAAGGAGCAUGUCACAUAA